GACUCGCAAUCGCACGCAAGCAUACAACAGCAAAAUACCCACAAGCAGCAUCAAAAGCCUCAACAAACACACAAGUCACCAUCAAUUGUCCGUAAUUUCCGUUGUACUUAUGAUCCAAUACUCGAUAGCAGUUCCACGAAAACGAGUAAAGAGCCUAUAUAUCGAUACUAUGGAGAAACUCUACAGAAUGUACUUCCAUUAAUUCUUCAAUCCUCUUUAUUCAAACUUCAAUUAUUCGAUGUCGUUUACCGCGAUUUAUUCAUUGCCCUCACUCAAUUCUUCCGUAUCAUAAAUACCCGCUCCAUUUCGCCUGUCCAAAAGCAUUCUCCAAUAAUUCCUACAGAUCCACGAUUGGAACUUAACAGUUUUGGAUCGACACCCUUGAGGCAGGUGUAUUUGACUGCUUUGGAACCCGUGGACUUUAUACCCGAUCUCCGUUUUGGUUCACCACAACCGGCCUCCGUCUUUGUCUCCAGCAUCCCCCCGAUAACCACUGAUCGUCAAAUUGCUUCUAUUUUUUCCAACUAUGGUGAUGAUGUCAGGGUAAAACUCGAAAUACACCCUGUUACUGGCGAAAGCUUGGGCCUCGCCACAGUAACCUAUUACGGAGAAGAUGCACGUGCUGCAGCGCGUCGGGCGGUAAAGGAAGGAAAUGGACGAAAGAUUGGAAAUGAAAGAGUCAAAGUUGAGUUUGAUCCUGAAGGCGUUACGUUAAAAGCAGCAUACGAUGCAAUGAUCGCCCCUCUUGCAAAAUAUACUUCAGAAACCCAAAUGGGAGCUGCCACGCCAUCUUCAGCCAAUGACGAUAUGGAAAUAGGCGACGCUCCUACACCACCUUCACUCUCACCAGUGCCAAUACAACCUCCAGCCGCAGCUCCCAUAGAACGACCAACAAAUCCGCCUCCUACACUCUCACUUGACACCCUAAGGAACAAAUUCGCCAAUGUAAAUCAGGACAAUAUAAAUAAUCAAACCCCCCAUAAAAGAUCAGGCGAAACAUAUCUCACACCUAAUAGCACAAUUGGGCAUACCGCCUUGCGACAAGAAACUUCGCCUUCAAGAGAUAGCAAACUACAUGCAACCAGAGAGACUUAUCCGAAGGCAAAGAAGAGGGCGAAAUUGAUUCUAGCUAUGACGAAGGGUGGAAUCAUCGCGGUAGUGAUUGCUAUCGUCCACGCCGAAGAACUCGGUCAAGAGAAUCUAGAGAGAGAGAACGGAGAGGAGAUAAAGAUGGGAAAGGGAGGGAUAGAGAAAGAGAUAGGGAAAGGGAAAGGGAGAGAGAAAGGGGAGAGAGGGAGAGAGAUAAAGACAGGAGAAGAGGAAGAUAGUCAAAGUGAGAGUGGACGGACUGGGAGUCGAGAUGAUGAGAGACGAAGAGGAAGGAGUAGAGUACGCGAUAAAGAUAGAGACAAGGAUAGAGAUCGGGAUAGAGACCAGGAUAGCUAUAAGGAUGGAAAGGAUCAUAAACUUCGGCCAAGAACUGAUGAUGAUGAAAAAAGACCCCACAUAACAAUUCCUUCAUCUUGCCUACCAUACCCUAAGAUAAUACUUGAAGAUGUAAGGGGAUAUUUUGAAUUAUACGAACCGGAAGAGAUCUAUCACACAGACAAGAAUUGGUACAUAGCCUUUCGUAUGGAAUCUCAUGCUCGCCGUUGCAUGUCUGCUCUUGACAAUAAAUUACUCCUCGGCUAUCGUCUUGAGAUGACUUUUCACGAAGCCAAGAAGCUUCCUGAUCAGUCGAUAUCAAACCACACCACGACCACUGACUCUUCUGUACCAAAUCAGAAAUCACCAAUUAAUAUUGAGACGUCUCACGAUGAGCCAUUGGACAUUCCAGCAUUAAUCUACCGUUCAAGAAAGAUGGUUGAAACAGAGUUGGCAGACGUGUUUUUGAAAGAUGUGAAGAACCGAGUCGUGGUGCCUUAUAUUUACGACUUCCUGACUCCGAGAUUGCAGCAGCGACGACAGGCUAAGAUGUAUAAGGUUAAAUUGGUUAAUGAAGUCCGGUCUAUAGGCAAUAGUGAAGCGUCUCUAGGAGAGGGCAAACUGACACUCAAAGACGGUAUGGUACCGACGAACAACGAGAAACUUCCAUCGUUCAAGAAACGUAGUCGUGCCGAAACGGAAGUAUCUUCCAAAACAUAUCCAAAGGAAGACAACCGAAAUACAAUGCAACGAGGUCGCCCUCGAUCUAUUGAUUUCACUUCUUCGUCAUCGUCAGAUAAUGAUCAAUCACAUAAACAUAAACGCAAAACUAAGUAUACAGCUUCUUCCUCUUCUUCCUCGUCAGAGGAGGGGGAAAUUCACUCUGACUCGUCUCUCUCCUCUCCAUCUCAUCUAACUGUUCCAUCACCUCCAUUACCGUCGGCUACCACUCGCAUACAAAACAAACCAGAAAAACGUUCUCAUCCCCAACGUUUACGUGAUUAUUUAUCUACAUCAUCUGAUGAUGACGACUUCCUUAAAGAUUUCCGUCGUCGCGAGAAUGAACGGGCCGUUAAUGGGCUGGUGGUAGUUGGUGAUGAGUAUGAGGGUAACAGGAAUAAUGAUAUUGUUGAGAUAGUUGCUAUUGAUGAAUUGGAAGAUGAUCAAGUUGAUGUUAAAAGAAAGGGAAGAAGGGUAGGAAAGGAAGAUAAAGCGCGUAAAGUAAGGAAAACAAGAAACAUUGAAUUUACUAGUAGUAGUGAAGAUGAAAAUGGGAGCGAUGAUCUGAAGCGCGAACGGAAGAAAGUGGUAACUACUCUCAAACAACAAAGGUCGAAACAAAAGUCUCAGUCUAAACAAACAAAACUCAAAUCAUCGGCCCAAAAAAUGUCUACAGCAAGAUCUAACCGCUCGUCAUCUUCCGACAACGAAGCAAUAAAGGCCCCACCUCUAUCAACUACUUUUAACUCUCUUUCCAUCUCACAUCCACGGCGUCUUUGGAUACCUGCGACAUCUCCACGUUCGCGUUCAUCUUCUCCGACAAAACAUCACUCUAUGGAUGAAGUUACACCCGACAUAUCAUCCUCGAAUUCGACAUCUGAUAUCGAUAUCAUAUCCUCUUCACAAAUUUCCAAAUCACAAAACGAGCCACAUGAGAGUGCAGAGGAAGAGGAAAGCGACUGGGAGUUUACGCUGGAUGAAGACUUCAAUGUUGAAGUGGAGCAGUUGCCAGAUUUGGAAGAAGACGAGAUGGUCGAUGAGGAAGACUUGUAUUAUUUGAAGAUGGCGUUGGAAUUGGAGAAGGCGGGACGAGUCGAUGGAAAGGGACUAUUGGAAGGAGUUGCUACGGUUUUCGACGGCGGGAAUUCAGUUACUACGUUCGUCGAUUACAUAACAACGAAGACGCCAUCUCCACCUCCAUCCCCACACACGACUGGGUGUGCAAGAACAGAAGGCCACUAUAUAAUCCCACUGUCCCAAAAAACACGAUAUGUCUCUCACGUUGCUAACCGCACAAAUGUCUCAACACCCAAUAUCGCUGUCCCAUCAUCUACCAAUACAACCACUCGUAUAACUUCACGUACAAACCGUGCCAAGAAUCGAUUAAUUCUCGCAGAUAUGGCACAGUACCGAACUACUGGUACCGCUGAUACAAAUGACAUUGUAAAAUUCAAUCAACUCAAAGGGCGUAAGAAACAAUUACGAUUUGCCAAGUCACAGAUACACGAUUGGGGCUUAUUCGCCAUGGAGCAUAUCGAUGCAAGUGAUAUGGUUAUCGAAUAUGUUGGAGAAGUGGUUAGACAAUCAGUGGCUGACCAUAGAGAAAGGAGAUAUGAACAGGAAGGUGUUGGCGGGUCGUAUUUGUUUAGGAUUGAUGAUGAUACUGUUAUUGAUGCGACUAAGAAGGGAAAUAUUGCGAGGUUUAUAAAUCAUUCGUGUUCGGUAGGUUUGUAUAUUAUUCGGGUCGGGAGUGAUGGGGAAGAGUGGAAUUGGAUCAGACCUAAUUGUACUGCUAAGAUUAUAACACUCGACGGUCAGAAAAAGAUCGGAAUAUACGCAAAACGGGACAUUGAAAUUGGAGAAGAGAUUACUUAUGAUUAUAAGUUUCCAUUUGAAGACAGCAAAAUUCCUUGUUUAUGUGGAGCCCCAACGUGUAAAGGAUACCUAAACUGA